GAAAACAGACAGAAGCUCGUCAAAGGUACAGACUGUGCACCCGGAGUGUCUUUUUAGUCAACACACUGUACGUUUCAGUGAAUUAGAGGACUCUCUGUGGCUACUUACCACUGUAGUCUAAAAAGGGAAAGAAACAUGGAUGUCCGGAUUGGUUUAAUCGCUUUGUUCUGCUUGAUGGGAUUCACCUGUGCGGAUCCAGUGAAAUACGUUGACUGCGGCUCGAUUUCUGGCAAAGUGGCCAUGGUGGACAUUAGCCCAUGUUCUAGUCAGCCCUGCCAGCUGCACAAAGGAGAGUCCUACGGUGUGAAUGUGACUUUCAGCAGCGCUGUGGACAGCCAGACCAGUAAAGCAACAGUCCACGGAGUAAUUGCUGGAGUCCCCGUCCCUUACCCCAUCCCCAACGACGAUGGCUGCAAGUCUGGAAUCCAGUGUCCCAUCAAGAAGCAGCCAAACUAUCACUAUGUGAACUCCUUACCUGUGAAGUCUGAGUAUCCUGCAAUAAAGUUGGUUGUGAAGUGGGAACUGAAAGACGACAACGCCAACGACUUGUUCUGCAUCAAGUUUCCAGUUCAGAUUGUGAACUAAAGCUGCCUAAAGUACCUCUGAUUCAUGUUUUGUGUUUCUUUUUUUUUUUUUUUUUUUUUAAAAGGGAUUCAAAUGAGUAAAACAACCUAGAAUACUGUAUAUGAUUCACAUUAAGAUCUCAUUUUAUUCAUUCAUCAAAUAGAUUUUAAGAUGUACGUCUGUCACUAGUUUGCAAGUCUCUGCUGCACACUCAUUUCAAAUACUGCUGAAUUAAAGACAGGGUUGGUAAUUUGCAUAAUAGUUACUUUCUUUUUUUAAGAGUUGUUGAUGUGAAACAAUGCGGCCAAUAUUUGCAUGAACGACCCUGGCUUGUAAACUACAUUCCACUGCAGUGCAAAUGUCUAACUGGCUGCUGUGUAGUCAGAAAAGGAAAAUGUACCUUUUUUCUUUACUAAAGCUUUUGUAAAAAAAUUCUUACUGACCUUGUGAUACUACACAUAUGGAAUUGGACAUUAUUAAUGACUAUGAAAAGUAAAUUCUAAUAAAGAAAUCUAUGUACCACUACA